AUGGAACUGGGUCCAGUCCGAGACGUGGGUGUGGCGAUGAAUGGCGUAGCAAAAGACCCCCUUUAUGGUCAAGAGUCCCUUAUACUCGGCAAAGACGAUAUCCGGGUGCUUAUCCUUCUACCUGGUAGGCAAGACUGUCCCGCGGAUCCGAUUGUUUGUAGACUGGAAACGAGACUACUGCCCCGACGAGACUCUUCCCAACGCAAGCUCGUUAUCGCGAGCCCACAGUGCCCGCCUUAUAAGGCUUUGUCGUAUCAAUGGGGCACUGAAAUCGAACCUAAGAUGAUCCACUGCAAUUCAAUACCCGUCUACGUCACCCAAAAUCUCUAUUCAGCUUUGAUACAUCUGCGUGACAAGUCCCGGCCCAUAUCCCUUUGGGUUGAUGCUCUUUGUAUCAACCAACGAGAUAAAGAUGAGAAAAGUGUGCAAAUUCAGAGGAUGGGCGACAUCUAUCGCCAGUCAGCCCGAACCAUCGUCUGGCUCGGGGAAGGAACCAUACUGUCCGACCUGGCCUUCAAAUCGUGCCGAGCUCUAGCUAAAGAGAGACAGCAGACGCUAGAACAACCCGAUGAGGCGGUUGCACACACGAAUGGGGAAAUCGUCACAACCAGCUCGUUGUUGCAGCGUCUGAUUGAGAUAGUUCGGCCUGGGAGGUUGUGGCGGCUAGGGACUAUGAUGCUUCUCCUCCGCCGACCUUACUUUACUCGCGUCUGGAUCAUUCAGGAGAUUGCGCUCAGCCCAAUCCUAGACCUAGCAUGCGGCGAUAAAAUGAUUCCCUUCAUGGACUUCAGCCUAGCCGCCAUCGAUAUGCUUGCGUCCCAACUUGGUGGCAGGAAGGUUGCGCACCUAGCGCAUCUAAUGACAGCUCGAUAUCUCCUAUCACCCGCGGUAAAGAGGGGUCUCUCCGAUCUUCCUAGCCUUGCGUCUGUGUUUGGUCUCCUUGCACAAGAUAAACUAUGGAUCGAAAAGAAUAUCCUCACGCUUCUGACUCUAUUUCGAGACAGCGUUGCUAAGUUAGAUGUGGACAAGGUGUACAGCCUGAUAGGUCUCGGUGAGGAAAUCGAGCGAGGCAGUACAUAUGGAAUACAAGUGUUGUAUCAGACUACGGAAGAAGCAUACGUCCGCGUCGCCAGAAGAAUUCUCUCACACCAAAAUUCACUGCGACUUUUCGGAGCCAUUACCCAUCAGUUGCCUUUGGGGGAUUUCGACUUGCUGAAUGAUCGCAUCGACGCAUAUCUCAGCCGGAGCGGCAGCAGGGAAACAGUCAUGCUUCCCACAUGGGUCCCUGACUGGAGAAACAAAGGCAGUGUUGCGAUGCCAAUAUCGCUACCAUCUGGUGGUCGUUUCCGUACCACGCGUGGCGUUGCAUACAAUUUCGCCGCAUUGAACGACAGCGCUACUCCAUAUUCGCGAGAAAUAAAACUAUCGGGCCAUAUGCUCUUUCAUGAUGGAGCUCCAGUCACGAUUUCGUCUCUUGGGAGCGCCUGCGAAACUGAAAGAGUACAAUCAACCAUCCGGUUCAGACUCAAAGUCGCCUUGACUCUCUCAUCCUCCUACCGGCUAGAAACUAUCAGGGCUUGGAGUAAAGUUUUCGAUAACAGAGCACUGGAAUUUCGCGACGAAUUCAUUUAUACGAUUACGUGCGGCCGGGGUGAUAUGUUAAACGAUGGCUCGCCCUUGCUCGCCACGGCAAUCUUUGGGCAGUCCCAGCGCAGUGGCUUUUUUGCGUUGCCGGCCUUCUUGCAAGCGAUCUACGUCUACCUCGCCAUGCGAAUGUUGUAUCUUGUGUAUCGACCCAGCGCGAGGCAACUCUGGUUUGUAUGCCUGAACUGGGCUACACUGCUGAUAACGUUGUUCUUCAUCAGCAGCGUCUUCUACGGAAUAUGGCCAAACCUCAGCAUGGGAAAUCCCUUGGCCCAGCUUAUGGCGGAACGUCUCUAUGCAAUCGAAUCGAGGAGAUUGGCCAGGUUGAGCUCCGGAUGCUUAGCUCUCGUCCCAAAGGCAUCUCAAGACGGUGACGUGGUUGCCCUUUGUCGAGGCGGGGAGGUUCCACUUCUCUUGCGGAAAAGGGGAGAAUAUUUCGAAAUGGUGGGAGAAUGUUAUGUUCACAAAGCUAUAGAUGGAUCUCAAUUCCAGGAACAUAAAUGUCAUGUUAUUCUUCUAGUCUAG